CCAUUGACAAGUCCUUUGUUUCUUCCAGCACUGUGACAUCAGCCGUGUUCACCGUGGGGGACAACGUGGUGUCUGGAAGUGACGACCGCACCGUCAAGGUGUGGGACCUGAAGAACAUGAGAUCUCCGAUUGCUACCAUUCGCACAGACUCAGCCGUUAAUAGGAUAAGUGUCUCUGCCAACCAAAGAAUCAUCGCUCUGCCACAUGACAACCGGCAGGUCAGACUGUUUGACAUGAAUGGGGUCCGUCUGGCCCGUCUCCCACGGAGCAACAGACAGGGCCAUCGGCGCAUGGUGUGCUGCUCUGCCUGGAACGAGGAGAACCAAGCCUGCAAUCUGUUCACCUGUGGCUUCGACCGCCAGGCCAUCGGCUGGAACAUCAACAUCCCGGCCCUGCUGCAGGAGAAGUGACACGCUCACACACGCCACAAGCUCAACACACCACUGAAUCCUCCAACACGUUCUUCAGUGCAUCACCUUCAGUAGAUUUUACUCAAGAACACAUUCACGUUGCGUGCGAAACUAUUCAGAGCUUAAUCCCGGUUGUCGUCUACGGUCACUGUCCCGCAGUCAUCAUCAUCAUCCCGUCAUGCCUUGAUCGUGUGAGGAACUCGUGUAUUUAAUGGAUAUUCUGCAUAUCUAUCCAGUAUGGUGAAGUUCCUCCCAGUCUCGUCUCGUCGCCCUGUUUUUACGUGUUUGCAUGACGCGACUCGUGAAUCCUGCGAGACCAGGACAUUCCUUCACGCUGUUACAUUCAAGUCAUUUUUCACUAUUUUUGUCGUGCAAUGUUCAGUUUUGUUUCUUUAUACAGAUGACUUUAUUUUUUUUUUUUCGACAGCAUUUUAGAUUUUGUUUUGUAUAAAUUUGUGCUUUGCUUUUUAUAGAGAUGAAAUGCGCGAAACAAACAGAGCACUGCCUUUGUGAACGGGAAUCGGCGAACGCUUUUACGGAUCCGCACCUUCUCGAGUUUCUGAUUGGACCCGCCGUUCGAGCGGCCAAUCAGCUUCUUUCAGUGUCGCCGCAGCCCAUUUGCAUGACAAACCCGCCUCUGUCGAAUAUGUGAAGCAUAAUGCUGUAUAAUUGCUGUGUAAUCUCAUUCACACUAUUGAAAACUUAAAGAAGCUGAGACUUUGUAAGUAUCGUGACUGUGUAUGAAGCCCUACGGUUGAUGUUCACUUCCCUUUCGAGGGCUUUCAUGUCGUGUAGAAGUAAAUCUUUGAAUCUGAAUUCAGAACAAGUGCACAUGUUGCUUAGUUUUUACUUGAGGAGCACUAUUGUAAUCUUCGUCGAUGAUUAUCAGAGCGAAUGUCAAUGCCUUGCUCAGUGUGAUCUGAUGCUUGACACUGAUGCUUCCUGAUGUUCUUUGGACUCCUUGUGAUGUGUGAACCACUGUGCUUACCGGUAUUUACAGAAAUAAUCCUUACAUGGAAGUUCUUCCGUCAGUGUGUUACAAUCGGCAUCGUUACUGGACUUUCACCAGGACUUUAAUUAGAAAUGCUGGUGGAAAAAAGUCACUCUUUUUACGUAGACAGACAAAAAUGUGCAAUGUUUUUUUGUGUGAUGUCCAUGUUUAAUGGGCUGGAUUUGACUUCAGAGUUGAAAAGUACACGAAAACGCAUAGAAAACACUGCUGACGUGACGUGUCCCAUCAGAACGUCCUUUAAAAACGAGUCUGAUCUUCAACAUUUUAGUGGUCUCUCUAACUUGGUAUGAUGUUCUGUGGAUUAUUCUGUAUUGAGCCUUUUUUUUUGAGAGAGAGUAACUUAAUUUGCUGUAUUUUAAAAAUAUAUUGCAUCAUGUAAUGACAAUGUAGAGAUAUAGAAACAGUAAAUCACUCACUGCUGGGCUUCACAAUAAAGUCAAAAUGUCUUUCAAA